AGUCUUUUCCAUCUUCUACUUCUUUUCCAAACGGAGCUUUUCAGUCAGCGGCUGACCUUCGCUGCAAAGACAGAUCCACGGGCCAGAUUGCGGUCCGGACAGCUUUUCUGACCAGUUAAGGAACGAGACCAGCUCAGGAUGGGUCAUUGCCACAGCUGAUCCUGCUUUGGUGCCCGCAGGCCUGUGGAGGAGGUGGUGUUUGGACAGGACUCCCGCUCCCCCGAGGCAUUGUGCACCCCCAGAGGUGUUCUGUGGGGGGAACCGAGGCCAGAGGUGUGGUGUGUGCAGACCUCAGAGGCGGCGGAGACGGGAGGCUCUGGCGUGACCCUUGACCCCCGUGGCUUCCAGCCCGGUGCAAAGUCUUCUUGCCGGCCACAGGCCCGACAAGCCGGGGCUUUUGCUGAAGGGGUCGGGUUUUUUAGGGGGGGCAGGAGCAGCUCUUCUGUGUGGCCCCCUCCCCACGCACCCCCACUUUCCUCGGGGGCAGGUGGACGGAAGGCUGUCGUCCCCCGGGCUUGGGACAGACGCCUUGGUGACUCCGAGCUGGGAAUGGUUAGCGGAGGCCGGAGGUCCGGCGGAAGCUGCGGCGGCUCAUGAAGCGCUUUGGCAGUCUGAGAGGAAGCAAGAAGCGCAAGGACCAGAUCAGGAGCACGGAGAGAAGCCCGUCCGAACCCCGGGGUCUAUUCGCCUCCGGCCUCUCCUCUUCUCCAUCUACUCCCACCCAAGUGGUCAAACAGCACUCGCUUCCUCUCGAAUCCUAUAAGCAUGAACCUGAGAGACUAGAAACCCGCAUAUACGCUUCCUCUUCUCCUCCAGACACAGGGCAGAGAUUUUGCUUGCCUUCAUUCCAGAGCCCAGCCAAGGCCCCCCUAGUCCACUGUGCUAUCUCCAGAACAGCGGCAGUGGCAGCGGCGGCAGCAGCGGCAGGUCCGGGCCCCGCUGAAGCCGGCAUGCUGGAGAAAUUCGAGCUAGAAGACGAAGCAGAAGAAGAAUCGGAAAGUGACAUUUACAUGCGAUUCAUGAGGUCACACAAGUGCUAUGACAUUGUUCCAACCAGCUCAAAACUCGUUGUCUUUGACACUACGUUACAAGUUAAAAAGGCUUUUUUUGCCUUGGUAGCCAAUGGUGUUCGAGCAGCUCCACUCUGGGAGAGUAAAAAACAGAGCUUUGUAGGGAUGUUAACAAUUACAGAUUUCAUAAAUAUUCUACAUAGAUAUUAUAAGUCUCCAAUGGUACAGAUAUACGAAUUAGAGGAACACAAGAUUGAAACGUGGAGGGAGCUUUAUUUACAAGAAACAUUUAAGCCUUUAGUGAAUAUAUCCCCGGAUGCAAGCCUCUUCGAUGCUGUAUAUUCAUUGAUCAAAAAUAAAAUCCACAGAUUGCCGGUUAUUGACCCCGUCAGUGGGAAUGCACUUUAUAUCCUUACCCACAAAAGAAUCCUCAAGUUUCUCCAGCUUUUUGUGUCUGAAAUGCCAAAGCCUGCCUUCAUGAAGCAGAACCUGGACGAGCUUGGAAUAGGAACGUAUCACAACAUUGCCUUCAUCCAUCCAGACACUCCUAUCAUUAAAGCCCUGAAUAUAUUUGUAGAAAGACGGAUAUCAGCUUUGCCCGUGGUGGAUGAGUCAGGAAAAGUUGUUGAUAUUUAUUCCAAGUUUGAUGUAAUCAACCUCGCUGCUGAAAAAACAUAUAAUAACCUAGAUAUCACCGUGACGCAAGCCCUCCAACACCGCUCCCAGUACUUCGAAGGUGUGGUGAAGUGCAGUAAGCUGGAAACACUGGAGACCAUUGUGGAUAGAAUAGUCAAAGCCGAGGUUCAUCGGCUGGUAGUAGUGAGUGAAGCCGACAGCAUUGUGGGUAUCAUCUCCCUCUCUGACAUCUUACAAGCCUUGGUCCUCACCCCAGCAGGUGCCAAACAAAAGGAAGGUGAAGCCGAGUGACCGCUGUGAAUGUAGGAACCUUUAUAGGAGAACUCGAACAAAGUUUCCGGGGUCAGGGUUUUGCCUCAUGAACACCGACUGCGAUAGAAAAGAGUGAAAACGGUUCUGAGAAUGCGUAUCGGGAUUUAGCGAUGAGUACCGAGCCUAUUCUUCCCCAGUGAUAACUGCAAAAAAAAAAAGUCAAAAAAAAAGCAUGACCGAGAGCUUUCUUUGUUUAAAGAUUCAGUCUUGCGUUGAAAAUGUUUUCCAACCUUUCCCCAAAAGACUUCACAUGCUGUGUUCAUGAAAGUGCAGUGUGUCCUGAAAUUCUUUUCUUUUCUACGUGUGAGACAAACCGCCGAUCGGGAAACAGGCAGAGGAGACGUAAGGUGAGCGGACGGCAGUUCCGCGUCCUAGUGCCUUAUGUCCAAGCCCAACGAUCCGUCUUCACCGUUGCCCGGCGCUUCCGGAGGAAGGAUCUGGGUGACAGAUGCCAUCUUGGAAGGCGGGAGUCUUUAGCCCCGUCAUCAGAUCCGUUUUGGUCCUCGUUAGAUGCGGCGUUUAAAGCUGUCAUUUGAACACCCCAUAGAUGACCUGAAACCCGUAAUGACCGUUCCGUGUUUCUGCGUGGCGUUCCGAACCCAGAUGUAAACCAAGGCCGGUUUUAGAAACAGCUUUAUUUAUUUUUACUUUCAUGGCGAUUUUUUACACAUCUUUUGGUGGAUAGUUAAACUUCACCAUACCCAUUAAUAAACUGUUGAUUGUUAUACAAAAAAAAAAACAACCGGGCAGAUUUCUCAUUAUUUAAAUUGAAUCCUGGAUGGGGCCCAGGUUUCUAGAGUCACCUAGCAUCUGAAGGUCUGCAUUGAGACCGCUUACCAGGAGCUGAAGUGCCUAAGAGGAGUCCCUUUUUUCCAGUAUUUCGAAACGCACAAUCACGAUGUUUGUAUGACUGCUGAACCUUAUUUUUUCAUACAUUGUGGCAUAAAAACAAUAUUCUUUUCCUAAAAUUGCCAGGAGACAAAGCGCCUGGGGUCAACACUCUGACACUAACUGGGUUUUUUUGUUUUGUGGUUGGUUUUUUUGGGUUUUUUUGUUUGUUUCUUUGUUUUUGCGGACUGAAGAAAUUCAAACCAAACCUUCUCUACCAUUUUGGUCCUAACCCUUCUUCCAAACACUGUCACCCUGCAUGUAUUGAGUAAUAGUCUACAUGCACCUUUCCAUUAUCCUCAAGCAGAAAUUGGGUAUCUCUUUCUUCCCUCCUUCCCACCAGCUGCACCUUUUAUUGACUCUUAAUUCGUAGUCUCUCUUUUUGUCCUCCAUUAUAAAACCGGAGCCUGCCAAAUUAAAAACUGCCAAGCAGGUUUUCUCGUG